GACUUUGAAGAUGCAUCAGUUUGGACUAAGAAUGAGAUUCAUGUAAAAGAACCUGAUUAGGCGAAAAAACUUGCAGAGCGGGCAGUAUUGAGUUGUAUCACUGCACGUCUGGUAUUGUUUAAUCAUCUCUUUGAGAUGGCUGAAAAACUUAAAUGUGAGAUGGAACCCAAAUCUUGGUUAAUCUUCCAACUAAGUCAUCAACUUAUCAAUCUAUUACCUGUAAAAUUUCGUGACAUAGAGGAUGAGGAAGCCCUUAAAGGAUAUCGCCUUAAUAUUAUAAGAAGUAUUGAUAAUAAAAUUAAAAACAUCUUUCCAAUUAUCUAUGAUGAGGCCCAAUAUCACACCUCAUACUUAUCAAACACAUUCCUAUGUUAUAAUGAUAAAAAUAAGAAGAAGCCAUUAUUUACCAUAAUCACGAAGAUCUUUUCAGAUUUAUCCUUAACAUUUCCAAAAGCAAUUGUUUGUAUAACUGGAUCUGGCUUAUCACUAAUGGAAGCAAAGGAUCUUAAAUUAUCUAAAGUGGCAAAGACAGAAACAGCUAUUCCAAUCUUUAAAAAUUUUGGCCAAAUUCAAACUUCAGAGGAAAUACUUGAACUGGCAAGGAAUAUAUUUCCCCUUGAAGAUAAAUAUGCAUCAAUGGCAAUUAAAUGGCUAAAGGGUCGAUAUCGUUUUACUUGGACAUGGAUACAUUACCUUCUUAAUUCUUAUGAUCCCCAAAAACAACUAGAAAUGCUAAAAGAUCAUCUUACAACUGAUUAUAAAGAUCCACAAAAUCCAAGAUUUAGUCUUUAUUCUGGACUUGUAAGACUUGUACAUCAUCCUAAUGAGCAACAUUCCUAUAUUGAUCAUGAGUCUAUAUUGGAACUUAUAAAAAGAGCGAUUAUUUAUUAUGCAAUGACAGGAAGGCGAUUUUUGUAUAAAAAUACUAAGGAAAUAGAUAUUAUGUCUAUUGGCUUUGCCCACCUUAAAACUCAAGAAUUAACUGGAAUCAUUGAUGAACCUCUUGCAAUUCAAGCAGGAUUCAACUAUUUUAUAAAUACUAAAAUAGACAACAUGUGGUUUAAUGUAAUGUCACAAGUCAAUUUUAAUGCAAGCAUGCCAGGAUUUAUUUGGGAGAAAUGUGUUACAAAUUUUUUGGAUGACAUUAUUUUUAAAAGUAAAAUACCUUUAUCUUCACACAAAAAACUAUUUCCUGAUAACAGUCAUUGUUAGCCCAAUAUGUUAUCCACCAAAUACAGUAGAUUCUGAUAUCUCAAUGGCUUUUUUCUUUCCAAAAGGAGAAAAAAGAGAAGCUUAUAUUUUAAAUACUCAGGUCAAGUUAAGAAAUAAUGUUGAGCUAAAGAAGGCAUGUAAAACUGUUAAUCUGGAUACAAUGUUUACAGACAAAGACUUAAAUUCCAAUUCUUCUCAGUUUCAUUAUAAGUUGUGUGAAAUUUACAAACAACAAAAAUGGAGUAAUCGCAAUAUACAGAUGAU